UCGUAAAAGUUACGGAUUUCCGAUAGCUUAACGAUAAUUAUAAAGGAUGGUUAUACAACGAACGCGGAGCUUUCCCUGUUGCAAAUGACUUAUCCCGUCAGCUUCUCACAGUGGCAUGGCGUUUGGGAAGUUUAUUGAGAGCAGUCUUUGCUUAGCAGUCAUUGUUGCUGGAUUUUUCGUCGCAGURCCGUUGCGCCUUCUCGAACAACAAACAGGGAAAACAUGCUUAUUGUUUGGUCAAGUUGACUUUUUAGAAAAGAAUGUUACUGGAGGCAAAAGCCAUUAUUGCGAUCUUGGAUUUUAUUCUUCGAUAGUUGAUAUAUUUUUGGCUUCUUUUCUGAUUUGCUUGCGAUGGUGUUGUCUGAUGAAGACUGAAAAGCCGAGCAUGAUCUAUGGCAGCCUCAUCUCAUUUGUYUUAGCCACAUUAGGAUGGAUUAAUUGUCUGGCGAGAGGAGUGUUUAUGAUAACAGGAAUCAAUGAAUGGUGUAGCUCCAUCAAAAAUGCAGGAACUUCAAGUUGUGACAAAGCUGCAAUUUCUUGGAACUGGCAAGAAUUCAAUCCACAGCCACUAGAUGCUAGCAAAUCAAAUGACUUUUUUCUCAUGAUAGAAGUGAGUACGAUCCCCUCUCUUCAUUCUCAUUAUCCAGUUAUUUAA